GGUCCCGCGCCGGGGAGUGGGCGCAGCCUCGGUGGCCUCUUAUCGCGUCAAAACUCGUUAAAAACGGUGGGUGAUGGGAGCUGGGUGGUGAAAUAAGCCACAAACGUAAAUGGGAAGAUCCGUCUGUUCGGCACUACAGGAGGCAGUGUGGCCGGGGGACCAAGCGGCCAUCCACGAGGUGCCGCUCCUGAUACUCAGCCCUGCCAACCUGCCUCCUCCACGUUCUGUCCAUUUUACCCCAAGCUGACCCCGUAAGAUCCGUUGGGUUAUCUCCCUCCCACUUCUUCUCUUGCUUCAUCUCUCGUCCUACACCAGGACAAGAUUCACCAUUCGAGUUCUGCCAAAUCCAAGCGACUCGCCGAAUCCAGUCUUCGAAGACCAGCUACUACGCUCUCCUUACACCUCUAUAGAGGUAUAUACACCUUCAUUCAUCGGUGUUACAUGGCUGCUUUGCCCACCAUGUUGCGCAAGAAGGAAGCCUUCACUGUCAUCACGCCCAUCCCUGGCUUCAUCCCUCGACAGUUGGCCAUCGACAUCCUUCAUUCUCAUUCUGAAGUCAUCACUCUCAACCCGCUUGUCCUCGACCACAAGCCCAUCGCGGCCCCUCAAAAUGCAGAGACAGACGAGUAUUAUGCGACAUGGUACGAGAUCACCGAACGAGUCACGCUUGUGCCUGGAAUUGGGAGGAUGGGGGCUACGACCAUCAAGUUCAACGGCUGCUUUCAUGACAUGCCAUGGGGUCUUCAGACUCACAUAUACGCCCCCAUGAACGUUGACCUACGCAACACCUAUCGUAUCGCCGGUAAUCAGCCAAACUACGAGCCUCCAGAGCCGCUUGAGAUGGGAUUGUCAGCUCUUGGGGCACCCUCGGAUGGACUAUAUCUUCGUGAGGAUAUUGAGAUCAAGUGCAGUCGCACUGUUAUGAGCUUUGUCAAGUCGCAAACGAAGAAGGCGGGUGGGGAAAUGGUGAGACGCAUCAUCAAGAAGGCCGAGUUACUGGAUGCUGGCGUGCUUCGGGCUAUGAUCGAAGACGGGAAGCUGAAGACGUUCAACCCGGCCGACAAGAGGAAUACGGUCCGACGAUCGGCUGUGCAGUCUCCAGGCCCUCAGUUUUCGCCUACAUUUGCCAGCUCGUCGGUCUCUGGUACACCACCUCACUCUCCACCACCUCAGUCUCCCGGCAUUCCCUACCAGAUCCCGCGACCGUUGUCUGCUACUCCCAGUCAACACCGGCCAAGUACCUCUGGAUCCUACCAGCGUCCAAACAGCCAUGGCAAGGCACCCGCUGCUUUCGGCUACGGAACGCCAAAUGGACCGCAGGAGCUGCCUAACACCAACCCUGAACCGGUCUCGAUUGGUCCGAUCGAGAUGCCAGGCGACUUCUACCACGCACCAUCAAACCUUCAGCCCCAAUCUCAGCCAUCUUCCAACCGCAAUUCCAAUCAGUCGUACACGUCCGACAGGCCACAAGCAAGCCCGAACCCAUCGUCACACAGCGGUUUCCCGUCUCCAGGUCUGGACAAGAACUUCGGACUACAAACCCACCAGGAAACAUCUGAGGAGCACAGGGAAGAGGCUCUGAAGAAACUAGACCCGCGUAUCCCGCACCCGUCUCACUACGCUCCGUAUAACCCAGCGGAUUACGGACCCGUGGACCCGCUGAAAGUUCCUGGUAACCAGUAUGGUCGUGGUCCACAGGCUCAACAGCUGUAUAAAAACACAUAUACACGUUGAUGAGAAACAUGGGCGCAUUUGGUGAGAUUUGUCAAUGUGGCUUAAUAUUUGAAGACAGACAGGUACACGGUCAUGUGGAGGUUUUUGGAAGUUUUUAUACCCCUUCGCUUUCUUCGCUGGUUUUUUUUUAUACAGACUUCUUGAGGUUUGGAAUAGUUCAACAAAAUAAAAUAGGAUUUUGGCAUACAGGUCUGUUACGAAAGCACUUCAGCGCCCACAAAUAAAUCCAUUGUAAGACUUCGCUUUGAAGACGACCAG